CACCCCGACCUGGCCGCCGGCCCGCGCUCUCCCGGCUGUCACCGGAGGCAACGUCGCCGUGGGGAAAGCACACCGUGCGUUCACCUCGCGUCCGUCUCCGUGCCCUCAGCAUCUACCUGGGCUCUCCUUUAUCUCUCGUCCCAGUCCCGUUCCUUUAUCUCUCGUCUCUCCUCACGGUCUUCCUUUCCUGGGCUCCUGGCGGCGACGAUUGGGCGAGCGGCGGCGCGAUUCGGCCUCGUCUUCCUCGUCGGGCCCUUUGCCGGCGACGAGUACCCACCAGAUUAUCGUGUACACCCAUGCCCUAUGCUGGGUCAGCCCGUGACCCCAGGUGCAUAAGACUAUCCGCAUCGCGCCUGUUUAGCGCAGCGCCAAACCACUUUCGCGCACCUUUCCGUGGAAAGACAGCCGCAGCCACGGGCCAAAAAGUUGGCGCACUGCGCGCUACUACACCAAAUCAGGCUCAAUUGGCAGGCGCAACGCCCUCGAAUUGAUUUCGCGGCUUCCGUGGGAAAUAUCCGGAGCGAAUCGACUCGUCUCCUGGCCGAGCGAGCGGGAAGCGCCGCCGGCAGCGGCAACAAAGCAGCGAGUCCGCGCCCCUCCCGCAAGCAGCUGGCCCGCCGGAAGCCGGCGUCGCUUGCCCCAGUCCUGGAGCCACCGGCGGCUGCCCCAUCGACACGGACCAGGAAGCGGCUACGGGAGCCCAACUCUCCUUCCAGGACGGAGUCCGUCGAGAGCCAGUCGUCGACGAGCAACGCCAAGUCCAGGAGAACCAUCAAGUUGUUUGGUGAUAAUGGACCCAAAGCAUUCAGCCGAAGUGUCCAAGCAUUUGGACAAGCAAAACCAAGCAUUAAUGCAAACAUACCGCGCAAUGUCCCAUGAGUUGCAUAAACUUCAGGUGGAGGAAGAAACAAUCAUGCGUAAGUUGUAUGAACUUAUGUCUGCAGAAGGGCUUCUUCCAAAGUGCAAGAAAGAAAAGCAACAGGAGGAAAAGGCUGUGGAAUCAACUCUGGAGAACAAAGAAUGGGAACCAUAAAGCUUAUCGACACCCAUAUGAUCCGACAUGGAUACCAGUUCAGCUGAAGGGCUAGGCGUCUGUUAUCUUCUCAAUGGCAGUAUUCUUCCAUCACGACUUGGACGACCACAUCAUCAUUUAAAUUUGCAGUAUGAUGGAUUAGCAUUUAGCAGUAGAGAAUUUCAGCUCCAGAUGUUUCACAAUUGAAUCUUUGAACCUGAAUAUUGGUGUCUAGAAGAAUAGAACCAUCCCUAAUUCCCUUUAGCUCUUAUGCUUGAAAUAAAGAUUAGCAGUAGUACGAUGGACUUUGCCUUUUGUUUUCCCCCUUCUCAUAGAGCUAUUUGUCCCCAGAUACCGUGAGUGCACCGCUUGCACAAAGUUUGUACAUAUAUUUUUUUUGGCUGAAGUAAUGCAAUUUCAAUGUACAACUA